CGCUCUCAAAAUCAAAUGCGACGACUUCGUUUUACUGAGUGCCUGCCGUGUUCGUUUGCUUAGUCUUCCUUUGAAUCCAUCCCCCUCUCUCUUUCCCACUCUCCAAAACCCUCUCUCUCUCUCUCUCUUCCCCCAUCUCUCUUUUUCUGUAUAAAGAUCUGGGCUUUUCUCUGAAGCCUCCAUCUUUCCCCACAUUGGAUGCGAUUUCAGGAUUGUUGAUCUCUGUACAGAUUUUGAAAGUGCCAUAUUUUUUUAGUUCGUUAAGACCCUGAUCUUUAACCCGUCGACAGUGUAACAAAUUGUGCUUAUUUGACUUCAAAGAUGUUUGGUUUAAAGAAGUCCCCGAUAAGGGCUGCUAAGCACAACUCAGUUGACCCUCUGUAUCCUGCGUCCUCCAGCUCAAACCCAUUUGAUGACGAGCCUGCUCAAGUAAGACAGAAUGAGAAGCAUGCACUUGUGGGACAGAAUGCGAAGCAUGCAAAUGAUAAGCAGGCACUAUUUGGUCAGAAUACUAGCACCAAACCUUUUGAUGAUGAUCAAGGAAAAGAGAAUAAUUCUUCUUCAUACAAGGGUACUUAUGCAGAGAGAAACAAGUACAAGAACGAUUUCCGUGAUUCAGGAGGCCUGGAAAAUCAAUCUGUGCAAGAGUUAGAAAGUUAUGCAGUGUAUAAGGCUGAGGAGACUACAAACUCAGUCAACCAGUGCCUGAAGAUUGCUGAAGAUAUACGUGAGGAUGCUUCCAAGACUCUGGUUAUGUUGCAUCACCAGGGAGACCAAAUAAGAAGGACCCACAUGGUUGCUGCUGACAUUGAACAGGAUCUCAGUCGGGGUGAAAAGCUUCUGGGGAGUCUUGGGGGCAUCUUCUCUAAGACUUGGAAGCCAAAGAAGACUCGCACAAUUAGUGGCCCUGUCAUCAUGGAAGAAUCUGCAACCAAAAGGAGCAGCCACUUGGAGAGGGAGAAGCUGGGACUGACUCCUGCACUAAAGGGAUCGUCACAUUCACGAACACCACUUCCUGAACCCACCAAUGCCCUUCAGAAAGUUGAGGUAGAAAAGACAAAGCAAGAUGAUGGCCUGUCAGAUUUAAGUAAUCUGUUGGGAGAGCUAAAGGAUAUGGCCGUUGACAUGGGGUCUGAAAUUGAUAGGCAUAACAAAGCUAUAGGCCAUAUGGAUGCUGAUGUUGAUGAGCUCCACUACCGUGUUAGAGGUGCUACUCAACGCGGCCGACGCUUGCUCGGAAAGUAGAAUACAGGAUUGUCCAUGGCCAGGCCUGAUGAUGUAUGCGCUUCUUCAAUGGUGUCUGCCCUCCAUUUUUUUACGAGUGCUGUAUUCUGGUCUCACUCGUGUAUCUGGAUUUUGUAUACAACUUUUGACGUCAUUGUUUGAUAAGGAUACAUUCCCAUUAACAGGAAUCUGUUAUCAUUUACCCACCCAAAUAUUGUUAGAACAUGAUCAUUGAUUCAUGACAUAUUAGUAGAUACGUGUACUGCAGUAUUACUACUUGAUCGUAAUAUUCUGCAUUGGGUGUUGGUUGUUAGCUUUAACUGGAAAUCACACAAGAGAGAUAAAAUCACAUAGAAUAUAUGGAAAACUACUCUUUUUGUGAACACCAAUGCACCAACUUUGCAACCAAAGCAAUGAAAUUUCAGUUUAUUAUC